AUGGGAAGGCAGCCUUGCUGUGACAAAGUUGGGUUGAAAAGAGGGCCAUGGACCAUCGAGGAAGACCACAAGCUCAUGAACUUCAUCAUCAACAAUGGCAUCCAUUGCUGGAGAAUGGUCCCUAAGCUUGCAGGUUUGCUUAGGUGUGGGAAGAGUUGUAGGUUGAGAUGGAUCAAUUACCUUAGGCCUGAUCUCAAGAGAGGCGCUUUCACUGAGGCAGAGGAGAAUCAACUCAUCCAGCUCCAUUCGCGACUCGGGAACAGCACAAAAUUGGCUCUUUUUAUGUAUAGGUGGUCAAAGAUUGCCUCACAUUUUCCUGGAAGGACAGACAACGAGAUAAAAAAUCAUUGGAACACGAGGAUCAAGAAGAAGCUCAAGAUGGCUGGAGUAGACCCUGCCACCCACCAACCAAUUGAUCUUGAUCAUGAAAAUGGAGUUCAUAAUGAUGAUGAUAACAAGAUUGGCACGACCUUAAUGGAAGAACAUGAGAACCAACAAGUGGAAGAGAAAGAGCACGAGUUUCCGACAAAAUUAAAUGAAACGACUAUAAUUGACGACCAAGAUCUUUUGAAGAACUAUGAAGUGUUGAUGACUGGAGGAGGAAACUUGGAGUUGGAAGGAGCAUGGAGCAGUAGGAAUACCAAUUACAGCACCACUAGUACUAAUUCCGAUCAAGGCUCAUCAUCAUCGUCUAUCGAGGAUUCGAGUGGGAAUCACCUCUGCAGCCAGAUGAAUCCUUCCAUGAAUUAUGACUUGAAUGAUCGUCAUCAAUCAGCAGGUUCAAAGGCUCAAUUAGGUGAGGAUGGUGAAGAUUAUGGGUCAUUGAAGCAAUGGGUUGAUAGUGUGGACUCAAUGUUCUCAUGGGAUGGCUUCAUGAACACCACCACUACUACUUCUACUGCUCUAGAUGAUGAGUUCUUCUUCCAGAUGGAAAAUGGACUCUACUGUAAUAAAAACAAAUGA